UGUGGCAAUUGUGGCAAAACAAAAUUAGUGCUCUUCGCGGGUAAAUAUUAAGGCAAACAAAACUUACCAUUCUCGUUGCUCAAAAUGCAAAGAAAUAAAUAAAUUUGUGAGUUGUCAGUGAAAACUCAUCGAAAACACACAUUGUCUGUCCGAACGACUUAGAUUCCACAACCCGCAAAAUGUUUAUAUUUUUUGUGGCAAAACAAAAUUAGUGCUCUUUGCGGGUAAAUAUUAAGGCAAACAAAACUUACCAUUCUCGUUGCUCAAAAUGCAAAGAAAUAAAUAAUUUUGUGAGUUGUCAGCAGUGUUGGUACAUGUAGGGAAAAUUCCCUACACGUAGGGAUUUAAGUCGAAAAAAAUGGACGUGGGGAAAAAAGGACAGAUUUUUAUAUAUAAGUAAAAUGUAAAGAUUUUUCGACAAAGCAAAAUCGAAAUUUCUAUGUAAUAUGUCAAAAUGCAAAUAAGUCUAUUUGGCAACUUUUUUAUCAAGAAUAUGUUCGAAUGGCAGCAUUAAAUCGGUUUCAACUUCACGUUGUCAAAGGCAGCACUCUGAAAAAGUGUUUGUAUGGCAGCAUGCUGGCGUCGCAUAUAAUUCGUUUGCCGCUUUUAAUUUGAUUGCUGACUUUUUGUGAGAAAUGAGUUCUUCAACAGAAUCGGACGAGAGUAUUGCAAAGAGCCGCAAAUAUCGUAAACAAAAGUUUACAAAUAAGUGGCUAGGAGACGAAAGAUUCAAGGGUUGGUUACAAGCUUUGGCCGGUGAGUCGUUUAAAUGCAAAUGCGCUGCCUGCAACAAAAUUUUAAAUUGCGGCAAGUCUGAUUUAUUGAAACACGCAGAAACAAAAGCACACCAGAAAAAUGUAAAAGCCAUAAGCAAAACGAACAAAUUGAAUACUUUUUUUAAGAGAAACGUAAAUGCGGAAGGGGUAUACAUAGAUAAAAAAAAAUUUGAAAUAAGACUCAGCAUGUUUUUCGCUGAACACAAUGUCGUUUUGACAGUGGUAGAUCACCUAAUCCCACUUUUGAAAGAAAUAGUGCCGGAUUCUGAAAUUAUAAAAAAUGUUGAUCUUGGGAGGAAAAAGUGCACCAGCAUAAUAAAAAAUGUAGUAGCAAAAGAAGAAAAGGACAACUUGGUAAAUAAGUUAAAAGUAAACCCGUUUUCCGUAAUGAUCGACGAGAGCACAGAUAUCGGCCUCAAUAAGCAUAUGUGCAUCCUAGCCAGGUUUUACGACGAAGAAAAGGGACGAGUUGUGGUAAAGUUGUUGGAUCUACUACCAAUAGGAGCUGAUUGCACUGCAGAUGCUCUAUACAAGACUUUUAAGGAAUUAAUUUUAUCCCUAGGAAUUCCAUUUAAUAACAUAAUUGGUAAAUAAAAUAAAAUGGUCAUAUGUAUAUUCUUCACAUAUAUGAAUAUGUAUGUAUAAACAUAAAUUUUAAGGUCGUUUUUUAUUCCUUGUAUUUUUAAGGCAUGUGCAGCGACGGCGCAAAUGUUAUGGUCGGGAAAGGCGAUUCAUUCGCUUCCAGGUUGAUUAAUGACAUUCCAAACGUGGUCGUUGUAAAAUGUAUUUGCCAUUCGGCCGCAAUUAUUGCAAGUAAAGCUUGCUUAGCACUGAUAUGAGCACCCGAAGAUCUUUUGCGGCAAAUCGGUUCGUAUGUCUCUGGAAGUUCCAAGAGAUGUGCGCAAUUGGAAGCUGUGCAGAAAAUGUUAGGUGGGAGGAAGAAAAAAAUCCUAAGGAUGUGUGCAACUAGAUGGCUAUCACAUCAUAGGUGCGUCGAAAGUGUUUUAGAAAACUGGGAAGUGCUUUUAGAAUUUUUAAAGCAAGCUGUCGCGCAAGAUAAGUUAAAAUCUACAGAAAUUAUUUCGUUUGAACUCAAUAACGAGUGUAAUAGAGCUUAUUUACUUUUUUUUAAGUAUGUCCUCAACUAUUUUAAUACUCUAAAUGCACUUUUUCAGUCCAAAGUGCCACUAAUACAUGUUCUUCAAUGGGAAUCAGAAACAUUAUUUUUGAGUCUAGGUCAAAAUUUCAUUAAAAAGUCGGAACUUAAUACUACUUGUGCUGUUAGAUCACCGUAUAUUUCUCUACCAAUCGAAGAAGUUUUUUUUGGGCAUGAGUGCAUCGAUCUCUUAACAACUAUUCCGAAGGCUGCUGCAAACAAAAUAAGAAUGGAUUACCUGCAGUUUUACAUUAUUGCUUUAGAAGAAAUACAGCGAAGAUUGCCCCUUGGAACAGGUAUAUUUACAGAAAUGGAGUUUUUAAGUCCCGAAAUUGCAAUGGGGGUAAAAGGAAACAAAAAUGAUUUCACAUUUAAAAAUAUUUACAGCAGAUUUAAUGUAGAUGCUUACGCUCUUCUACAAGAGUGGAGAACUUUUGAGAUUAAUUUUAAGAGCGAUGAAAAAGAUAAUCUUUUAGAGAUGGGCACUGAAGAGUUUUGGAGCAAUAUCACUAAAAUGAAAAACUUUAAUGACAAUUUUCUUUUUCCUACUAUAUCAAAAUUAGCCAAGUUUAUUUUAACACUACCACAUGCCAAUGCAGAUUCCGAAAGAAUUUUUUCUAUAGUUACAGAUGUUCGUACGAAAAAAAGAAAUAAGUUAAGCCAUGCAAAUUUAACUUCGAUUUGCAUAAUCCGCUCUUUUUUGCAAGACGAAAAUCUAAAUUGUUGCAUUUUUCAGUGCAAGGAAUCGCAUCUAAAAAAAAUGACAUCGUCUGAACUCUACGACCAUCAUUAAUAUUUUUUUUUGCACUGUGGUUACAUCAUGCUUAAAGUAUAUGUUUACGUGUUUUUUGUUUGUUUAGUUUUUUUAACCAAAUAAAUUAAUAUCGCCUUAGUUAACCAUCCAUUUGAUUGGAUCAUUCUUGUUGUACCUAUGCUAGUCUAAUUUAAAACAUGAUAUGUAUUUAAAUGAAAUAAAUUUUUUUCUUUAUAUAUAUAUAUAUAUAUAUAUAUAUGUAUGUGUACACAUACAAGGCAAUGGUGCACAUAUUAUAUUUUUAUGUAUUAUACAUAUUUAAUAUUAUAAUAAAUGUUCCAAACCUUUUGUACU